AUGGAAGCCUUCGACCUAUCCAAAGCUCCCCCAGAGUUCCAAGCCUGGGGCACAACGAUAUGGACCUUGAACGGGUACAGCAAUCUAACAUGGCUAUACGUCUACUACGGCAUGAUAUACCGGUCCAUGAAGGACAAGUCCUACGCCAUGCCCCUCAUUUCCCAGUGCCUGAACAUAGCCUGGGAGAUAACAUUCGGAUACAUAUACGUCGACCACUGGGUGGUAUAUUCUACUUUCCUGAUCGCCUUCCGCCAUCUCCUCACGUACUAUAUCGUUGGGACGCUAGUCGCUCUUGCAGGGCAUCUGUGUGCUACCGCCGAGCUCGGACCGACAAAGGCUUGCUUUGUCAAUGCUAUCGUGUUACAAGUCAUUAUUAGUGUUGGUUACCUGGGCAUGCUCUUUGUGAGGGGGAGUACGAGAGGGUUUUCUAUGGAUUUGGGGUUCUUCCGCUUCAUCGGCUCCCUAGCCCUAGUCCCUGAAUUCUACCUCCGCGUAAAAUACUGGCCCGAGAAUUUCGCGUUCCUGGGCAAGCCGUUCAUGCUCUGGUGCUGUGCCUGUUUUCUCGGGUUCGACUUGAUCUACGGGGUGUGUUUUUGGUAUAUGCGGCAACAGGAACGGGAACGGGAGAGGCAGAUACACAUGCAGAAAGGUGCCGCUGCUGGUACGGAAGAGAAGAGGAAGUGA